CCUCUCCUGCUGCCGCCGCCCGCCCCGGGAACUCCGCCCGGCCGAGGGGGCCGCCGCCGCCGCCGCGCGGCCGACCCGGCAUCAUGACGCAGUUCCUGCCUCCCAACCUUUUGGCCCUCUUUGCUCCUCGAGACCCAAUUCCCUACCUGCCUCCCCUGGAGAAGCUGCCCCAUGAGAAGCACCACAAUCAGCCCUACUGCGGCAUCGCCCCCUACAUCCGGGAGUUUGAGGACCCCCGUGAUGCCCCUCCUCCAACCCGAGCAGAGACGAGGGAGGAGCGGAUGGAAAGAAAGAGGCGGGAGAAGAUAGAGCGGCGACAGCAAGAGGUGGAGACGGAGCUGAAAAUGUGGGACCCUCACAAUGACCCCAACGCUCAGGGCGACGCUUUCAAAACUCUGUUUGUGGCCCGAGUGAACUACGACACGACAGAAUCCAAACUGCGGAGAGAGUUUGAGGUGUAUGGACCCAUCAAGAGGAUCCACAUGGUCUACAGCAAGCGGUCGGGGAAGCCCCGGGGCUACGCCUUCAUCGAGUACGAGCACGAACGGGACAUGCACUCGGCUUACAAGCAUGCAGACGGCAAGAAGAUCGACGGCAGGCGGGUGCUGGUGGACGUGGAGAGGGGCCGCACGGUGAAGGGCUGGAGGCCCCGCAGGCUGGGUGGCGGCCUUGGGGGCACCCGGCGAGGGGGGGCCGAUGUCAACAUCCGGCACUCGGGCCGUGACGACACUUCGCGUUACGAUGAGAGGCCGUGUCCUCCAAGGGACCGGGACAGGGAACGCGAGCGGGAGCGCCGUGAGCGGAGCCGAGAGCGAGACAAGGAGCGGGACCGUCGGCGUUCGAGGUCCCGGGAUCGGCGACGGCGCUCCAGAAGCCGGGAGAAGGAGGAGAGGAGGCGCUCGCGGGAGAGAAGUAAGGACAAGGAUCGCGAGCGGAAGCGCCGCAGUAGCCGCAGCAGAGAGCGGGCUCGCCGAGAGCGGGAGCGCAAAGAGGAGCCUCGGGGUGGCGAGGGCCCCGAGCCUCCGGAGGCGGGGGACGCACCCCCAGACGACGGCCCUCUUGGGGAGCCCGGCCCUGAUGGACCUGAUGCCCCUGAGGAGAAGGGCCGGGACCGGGACCGGGACCGACGCCGUAGCCACCGGGGGGAGAGGGAGCGGCGGCGGGACCGGGAUAGAGAUCGUGAGCACAAGCGAGGGGAACGGGGUGAAAGGCGGGACGAGGCCCCCCGUGGCGGGGGCGGAGGCGGCGGCGGUGGCGGUCAGGACAACGGGCUCGAAGGGCUCGGGGCUGACGGGCGGGACCUCUAUAUGGAGGCCGAUGCUGGCGAAGGCUAUCUGGCUCCUGAGAACGGCUACCUGAUGGAGCCGGCGCCAGAGUGAGCGAGAGAGAGCGGCGAGCGCCACCCCUCCCCCCACCGAUAAAAGACCACCAUCCCUUCUUCUCCCAAUCACGUGAAUGUGUCUGCCCCUGUCCCCCCACCAAGGCGUCCUCUGUCCAGACCCUUCUGAUUAUUCAAUAAAAUGGAUUUCCUGCGGAGGUUGCUUGGGUGGUAAUUUGGGGGAGCCCUUUCCCCCCCGCUGACCCUUGGGCGCAAACCUGGACUUUGACUCAGAGACCUCAGCCGGGAGUCUGCGCGGAGGGUCUGGGUUGAGUCGCUGGGCUGGCGUUGGGGCUGCUAAGGUGGGGGGGGGUUAGGUGACGCCCUGGCCUUGGAGCUCCCGGUGCCCGUCCCCACCAUGUGGUGCCCUCCCGCGAACCACAGCGGCGACUUAGCUUCUCGGGCAUGAUUCAUGUGAAAAGGAGUUUGGGAAAGGGGAAGGGGGAGGGGGCCAAGUUGGCCAAGACGAUGGUUCUGGUUUAGAUUAAAGGGAUUGUCGCUGAGCAGUUGGGAAAGGAAGCAGUCCGCCGGGCUCCGUCCAGAGCAGGGUGAGCCCACCGGCUUUCUGUAGUUGGCUUUUCUAGGUUUUUUAGGUUUUUUUGUUUUUAGAUAGACUCGCAAGUCAAGGGGUGCUAUUGAAAUGUGGCCUGGGUGUUAGGUAGGAAAGCAGAAGGGUUUGUCACGCGAUGUGUCCUGGGACAAGGAGGGGUGGUAGAAUUCUGGCCGCUAGAAGUGGUUUCUGGCAGACCUCAUGCAGCAGUCUCCAGUAGUUUGAUGUCAACGUGGAAGGUCUCCUGUGUGAUCCCCCAGGAUCUGUAUGUGGCCUUGUGCUGUUUAAUAUUUUUUUUAAAUAAAAUUUUAUUGACACA